AUGGCUGAACAAAAGUCAAUAACUGAUACCACCGCUCACCGCGACGACAAAGAGAGAGGUCUCUCAACCGGCCACAUCAGUCUCAAUGAGAACCUAGGCGCGAAAAUUCGCAAUCCUCUCGCAGGAAUUUCCAGAGAGCUUCUCCUACAAAAUGUCACAGCAUUCACCAAGGAGAAAGGUCUCGAAGAAUACACAGCUCUUUUCCGAAAAGGCGCUCUCGUAGCCCAGGACCCGGGGAACUAUGAGGACAUCACAGGAGAGGAAGCAUUGACGCCCGAAGAGGUCGAAGUGCUUCGCGAUGAGGUCCUACACAAAUGGCGCCAUCCCAUGGCGUUAUAUCUCACCAUCUUCACAUGUUCGAUAGGUGCUGCCGUUCAGGGUUGGGAUCAGACCGGUUCGAACGGCGCCAAUCUUUCUUUCCCAAAUGUUUUCGGAAUUGGAUCUACAUCUACCAAGGAUACAUUACUUGUUGGUCUCGUCAACUCUGCACCUUAUAUCGGAUCUGCUUUCGUUGGGUGUUGGGUAUCUGACCCUAUUAAUUACUAUGUCGGACGCCGUGGUGCCAUUUUCAUCGCUGCCGUCUUCUGUUUUCUCCCGGUUUUCGGAUCUGCUCUAUCGCAAAGUUGGCAACAACUAUUUGUCUGCCGUCUGCUCCUUGGAUUCGGAAUGGGAGCUAAAGGCUCUACCAUCCCAAUUUACGCUGCUGAGAAUUCCCCUGCUGCGAUCCGUGGAGCGCUGGUCAUGUCGUGGCAGCUGUGGACCGCAUUCGGUAUUUUCUUGGGAACCUGCGCCAACUUGGCAAUGGUAAAUGUAGGAAAGUAUGCUUGGAGAUAUCAGCUAGGUUCAGCCUUUAUCCCAGCUGUUCCACUGUUGCUUUUCAUUUAUCUCUGCCCUGAAUCUCCUAGAUGGUGCAUGAAGAAGAACCGAUAUCCACAAGCUCUCCGGUCUCUCAUCAAGCUGCGAAACAACCCACUUCAAGCUGCUCGUGAUAUGUACUAUAUCCACGCACAACUAGAAGUCGAGUACGAAAUUAUCGGAAACAGUAACUACUUUACCCGUUUCGCUCAGCUCUUUACCAUUCCUCGAGUCCGUCGUGCAACACUCGCAUCAUUCACUGUCAUGAUCGCUCAACAGAUGUGUGGAAUCAACAUCAUUGCAUUCUACUCAUCCACCAUCUUUAAGAACUCUGGAUUUACCGACUUCCAAGCUCUUUUUGCAUCUUUCGGCUUCGGACUUAUUAACUUCCUUUUCGCCUUCCCUGCAAUCUGGACAAUCGAUACUUUCGGACGUCGUGCUCUCCUACUUUUCACGUUCCCUAACAUGGCUUGGUCACUUCUCGCGGCUGGUCUUUGCGCUCUUAUUCCAGUCGAAAACAAAGCUCAUCUCGGUCUUGUCGCCCUUUUUGUAUACAUCUUCGCUAUGUUCUAUAGUCCGGGAGAAGGUCCGGUCCCCUUCACUUACAGUGCCGAAGUCUUCCCUCUUUCCCACCGAGAGGUAGGAAUGGGAUGGGCAGUCGCUACCUGUCUGUUCUGGGCUACUAUUUUGACCAUGUUCUUGCCUCUCAUGCUUGAAGCCAUGGGCACCACUGGAGUAUUCUGUUUCUACGCCGGUACCAACAUCGUCGCUCUCGUUAUGAUCUUCCUCUGGGUUCCAGAAACUAAACAGAGAACACUUGAGGAGCUGGAUUAUAUCUUUGCGGUACCAACGAGGGUUCACAUGCGUUAUCAAAUCACUGAAGCUCUUCCAUGGUGGUUCAACCGCUGGAUUUUGAGGAAGAAAGGGGCCGUCCUCAGACCUUUGUACCAGUUUGAUACAUCAAGCGAUCAAGACCGCAUUGAGGCUCUUUAUGCUGCCGAUAAAGCUCGUGCUGAUAAGAAGACCGCUGCUGGUUCUGAUAGCCAAAUUGAGAACACGCGCGGUAGUAGUGAGGAGAUCACCCAGGAGAAGUUGUAA